AUGGCGUUCUACAGUCAUUUUCGAAAAAUCACAGUAGAGCCUGUGUUGUUCUCUUACAUGAUGUGCUUAUUUAUGUCAUAUCCCCUUAUCCAACAGCUCGCGUUCAAAAAGAUUUGCCACGAGAAAUACAACGGUGAAAUCUGCAAAAACCUCACCAAGUCACAAGAAAUCUAUGUGCAGCAAAAGACAUCGAAAUGGAUUCUGUACCAGUCUGUUGCAUUGACUUUACCAUCGAUCUUUGCCUCCCUACUCUUGGGUUCAUGGUCGGACAAAGUCGGGCGUAAAGUCAUCCUCAUUUUGCCGUCCGUGGGAAGCGUUUUGCUGUACAUUAAUUACAUAAUGAAUGCCGCAUUCUUUUCACUGAAUGUCAAUUAUAUUAUCAUUGGCGUUUCCAUCUCUGCGCUAUUUGGAGGUUUUGCUACCACGCUCCUGGGCGUUUUCUCCUACAUUUCGGACAUCACUGACAAGUCCCAGCGAACCACGAGAGUAGCUGUUUUAGAAUCCAUGAUAUUCCUUGGCGGGACUGCUGGCAAUUUGGUCGGUGGAGUGUUGGUUGAGCACCAUGGUUUUAUGCCUGCGUUUGGCCUUUGCUUGGCCCUAAAUGUGUUAAUAAUACUGUACGUAAGUUUGGUCCUUCCAGAGUCUUAUUAUCCUCAACAAGAUCAGGAAGGAAACUGGGCUUUACUUGCAGUACACAAUCACCUGAAAGCAUCAAUAGCAGUCUUAACCAAGACUAGGCCUAAACAUCAAAGACUGAAUUUACUAGUGAUUUUGUUUGGCAUACUGUCAUUCACUUUAAUCAGUAAGUAGGUUAUGUUAUUUUUAAUAUAAUUAUACAAGAAACCACCCAAAAUUACAGGCCAAGACAGCAUGCAAAGAAAGUAGUGUCAGAUAGCCCAGUGCUAGUGGAUUUUACUAUCGGGCUAGUAAAUAGACCUUGUCAUGGUUUUUGACGCCAUCUUGACGAGUAGGCAAACGCGUGAGAAAUUACAGUGUUUGUAUGAGAAUCUAAUGUCGAAUAAUUUCCGUAAAAAGGCUGUUCUGAAAAAAAUAUCAAUUGUAAACGAAAACUACAAAGCAAAGGAUUGUCCUAAAAAAUUUGGGGGGCGUACCUGAGCUUAGAUUUCUCCAGAGGCUUGCUUUAGAUUUUCCAUAUAUUUGUCUCUAAUUUUUUCCCGGGACUUUCUUACAGACAAAUGUAAAGAAAAUUUUAAAAAGUGGUUCUAGAUCUUCUAGUGCAUGUAACGCCCUCAAUUUUUUUCAUUAGAAUUCUUAGGAGAGAAGCUUUAGUUUACAAAUCAUAUUUUUGUCAGAACAGCCGUUCAACGGAAAUUAUUCGACAUUAGAUUCUCGUACAAACACUGUAAUUUUUCACGCGUUUGCCUACUCGUCAAGAUGGCGUCAAAAACCGUAACAAGGUCUAUUUUGUUGUUAACUUGCCCGACAGGCAAGUGAUGUUUUUUGAACAAUUCGAAUGACAGAAGGACUAUGAAAUCAAUUCUGCUUGUCAAAAAGCGUCUGGGGUUAAAAUGUCAUCUGGGCUAGUAAAUGCUGCCCGUGUGAAAAACCUCCAUGGAAUUCCAUGGAUUUCCAUGGAAAAUUCUCCAUGGAAUUCCAUGGAGGAUUAGGACAUCAAUUUCCAUGGAAUUCCGUGGAAAUUUCUCCAUAGAUUUCCAUGGAAAAUAUUUGCAUGGAGGAUUAGGACAUUUCCCAUGGAAUUCCAUGGAAAACAUUAGGGCACCAAUAUCCAUGGAAAUUUCUGCAUCGACAUUUUCCAUGGAGGAUCAGGACAUUUUCUAUGGAAUUCCAUGGAAAAGUUCCAUGCAAUUCCAUAGAAACUACGCCAUCGAUUAUUCCAUGGAUCUCCAGGGAGUUUCAUGGAAUUCACAGGAAUUAGACAUUUAAAAUAUCCAGUGAAUCAAAUGGAAUACAUAACAGAUUUUGGUCCACUGCAAUUUAUUUAAUCAAUAAAAGGACCGCAUAAAUCUCUUUUUAAAGACAUCAAUCAAAACUUAACAUGCUUUUGGAGGAAAAUUUGACAUACUGUAGCUUAACAAAUUAAUGUUUACUUGUAACAAUAUACAUUGCAGUUUAGAAUGCAGCAAUCAUAUUGAAUUAGCUUAAAUGAAAAAUUUAGAUUCAAUAUAAAGCAAGGAAUCUUGGCCUGGUGUUUAAGAAAAGUAACAGGCGAACAGAUGCAUAACUGAGAGAAAAAAAAUAAGCGAAUACUUGAAUGCAUAAACCGUCAGUAUGUAAGACUUAAACAUGGCUUUAUUUAAUGCGACAAAAAAGGGAAGUGCUACUUAUUUCCUCGAUCAGAACCACUAUGGUAUUUAGUUAUAGCAAAGUCCUACCUAACCCUUGGGAAAAAACGGCGUCAGCCACAAUUAUAAUUUAUCAGUCUCUUGCAUAGUUUUUACGUAGCAGGCAUGAAAAUUCUAAAUAUGAUAUUUCUUCUUAUGCAUCGAAGCAGUCCAUCGAAGUACAGUCUUCGAUUUCUAAUUCUGCCAGAAGUAGUAAUCAUUCCAAAGGAUUCCAAAGGCAAUUUGCAGGAAAGACCACAUUCAUAUCUGUAUAAACAAAAAAGAUGGAAACUACAUAUUAAAACCGAUAAACAGCACCCGAAAAGUCACCCUUCUAAAUCUAGCAGAGACAUAUAAAUCGAGCAGACGAAUUCAAUUGAGCAACCAAACACGAGUUGUGUACAUAUUAAGCUUACCUUCCUCCUUUAAUGUGCGAUCCAGCUGAGUCAUUGUUCAAUCGAAGUCGGUUUGAAAGAAGCCAAAUGUAAGCAACCUCACAAGUGAUAUUUUGCGCUGAAAAUAACAUCUUUUUCGGAUGCAUUCAUUGCAAAGACAAUCCGUUUACACAACACUGUCGUACUGCACAGAAGUCCGCCUAAAGAUUCGAACCAAGAAAACUAAUCUUCUACGCAUUUCUAUUGGUUCAAAAGCUCCACGUGAUCACGUAAGUCACUAAGCGGGGAGGCCUGGACGCCAGUUCAAGCACCAAACAUGGCGUCAAAUCACGGCACGAUCGUGGAGAUGUCUGUCUUUAAAGGCUUUAAAUUGUGGUCUCUUUCAGAGUUAAUUGUACUAUUCCGACACUGUCGAAGAGUAAAGCAGUGAGAGGAAAAUAUUGCAUUGUUCUCCCAGGUGAGGGAACCUUUGAAAAAAGGCAGCAGGCCUAUUCAUAGUCUCAUACACAGCCGUCCUUAGUGUCGUCACGCAACGCUUCUCCCCACUAAAAACGGCUGUGUAGCAGACUAGCCUAUCCACGGAUGCGGCAAAAAAACUCUAAUAUUGCUUGUGUAGGUUCACCGAAAUACUCUAUGCAAAGCAAUCUCAUCAAUCAGGUUGGACUCGAGUAAUAGGGAAAAUCUUAGCUCUCAACCAAAAACACUUCGAUACCGAGAAGAGUUAUAUGCCUAGUGGGAUCAUUUUCUACUGGCUAUUUUGGGACUCGUACAUCGUCUUGUAUUUGCUAUUCAUAUGGGAUUCCGACUAAACUGAUUAGGGCUAUUCAAGCACUGACUCGAAACGGUUAGCUUCUAAUUAGGGUUACGGUUGUUUUUAUUUGAGUAAAAUCAAGCUCCACCUAGCAGCGAGUUACUACUCCGUGGUAGAGUGGUUAGGUUACGAACUGUGGAUUCUACGCCCCUGGAUCGGUUCUCAAUCUUGCCACAUCGCUUUUUUCUUCUUUUCAAAAUUUGCCACUGAAAUUUUUUCCUUAAAAAUGGAACAGUGGUUGAAGAGACUUACACUUUCAUGGAAAUUUGUUGAUCAGAAAUUUCAAGAGACUUGAAAAUUUCAUAUAAAUUUCAAGUAGAGACUUGAUUCCGUAUUUCAUAGCAAAUACACGUCGGUGUACGGGUCCUGUACGAAUAGCAGCACUGUGUCAAUGUAAUGAAGCAACUGCAUGUUGUUAAUAACAGUGAUCUUCCCAUAUUUUAAAUGCAACACUGCUUUUAAAAGAUAAAUGGCAGACAGCCCUACUAACAAAAAAUUUUCUAUAUUUAUUUUUUUUAACAGGAUCAUUUUUUAUUAAGCACUCAAAACAUUCCUCUUUAUAGUAAGCAAUAAAAUUUCUUACACUGGGACUUUCAGCGUCGCCUGUUGGUGAACAAUACUUUUGCAUUGUCUGUGUAAUUUAAACUAAAUGCACUGUUUUGCUUUUAGAAAGCUUCCAAAUGUUUCCUAUUUUUCUAUCCAAUAAAAAGUGCAGACUUGAACAAGUCAUGUGGUUAACGAGUUGAUGAGUUGCUUGAUUACUGAAUUUCUAUGGAUUUUCUCAUACAAACUGUGUGGUAUUCUAUCAAACUCCAUGGACAUGCUAUGGCAUUCCAUGAAACUGCAUCGGUACUUCAGGGAACCCCAUGGCAUUCCAUGGAACUCUACAAUAUUCCCUGGAAUUCCAUGGACCUCCAAGGAAACUCCAUGGAAUUUCAUGGCAUUCCAUGGAACUCCAUCACUACUUCAUGGAACUCCGUGGAACUCCAUGGCAUACCAUGGAAUUCCAUGGAUACUCCAUGAAUACUCCAUGGAACUCCAUGGCAUUCUAUGGAACUCCAUGGAUACUCCAUGGAAGUUCUGUGGAAUUCCAUGGAUUUCCAUCAAUUUCCAUGGAAUUCCAUGGAUUUCCAUAGAUUUCCAUGGAUUUCCAUGGAUUUCCAUGGAGGUAUUUCACACGGGUAGCUUCAGCUUGCCCGAAUGGCAAGCUGUAAAAAUGAUUUUCUUUGCACCCUGCAAGAUUUGUUCAAUCUAUUACAGCAGUCCAGAUUUCCAAUAAGAAAUUUGAAUGACAGGUACAUCUACCAGCAACAAGCAUGUCUUCUCAGGGAAAGCAGAAAUAGGGGAAGGGGGAUACUUUUUCAAGACUUACGAAGAGGAGAAUCUUCUCAACCUCCCCACUUAAAGUCACUAGUGAGGUCCUUCCCCCUCCACUGCCCCUACUUCUUAUUCUAAGGUGAUUUGUUGGACACAAUCUCUGAGUAAUAAGGCAAGGCUAGUCUCUCCAGUCCAUUUUUGUACAGUAACUGAAAAUGGCUCACACACUCUGAAGUGUGGUAGACAGUGAUUUUUGGAGUCUAGCUCUCUCCUUUCAAUAUUUAAUGUCAGAACCAAACCCACUACCUACAGCAUUAACAUGGCUUUAUCCAGUUUGCAUAUUCAAAAAGAGAUCAAUGGAAUCAGUUUUUUGGGGGUGUGAUCGUUCUUAUGUAGCUCACAUGAACUAACACCAAUAUGCCUUGUGUACAAUGUAUUUGUCAUUCUUUGAAUGCUAGACAGUCCCACACGGCUGUAUUUGAAACAACAGCUAUUUUCUUUGAUCUUUCAAACUGUUCCAGAACUCUCAUAGUGAUCAAUGUUGCCAGACUUCACUUCUUACUAAUUCUUGUGGUUUCUAUAUGAUCAUCACAAUUAUUAUUGGGAAAUUUUUCAGAUAACUAGACAUUACAAAAUAUUGCAGCAAUGGAACUCUGAUUACCGGUAGUAUGUUAACCAUGUUGUAGAGUGUUUUAUUUCAUGGCCAGUGGAAUCAACUUAAGUCCAGAUGUAGCACUGUUGAGUGAAUUGACUUUCUGGCAAACCAACAGCCAGUGCCGUACAUACAUGUAUAGGUGAAACUAAACCUCCGGUACGGUUAAGUCCGUCUGUAAGCCAGGGCUGAAAUCUUUGUGCUUGGUCCCUAAAAGUGUACUAGGAUUUGAGUAUUGUAUUGUGCCAUGAUUGGCCUGUUAAAAGCCAACUGUUUUUGAUUAGCCAAUUAUUGAAGUGAAGGGGGAAAUCAAAACAUACCAUAUUUUUGAUAAUUUGUUGAGUCUGCCAGGGAUCCAUAACAAGGAUUUUGCUGCUGCCUCGCAGACAUUACUAGCAAGGGUGAGAUUAUGUCUGCGACACAGUACAGCAAACUGACUGCAACAUAUAUCACAACAUGUAUCAAACAGUCAUGAUGUAAAAAAAAAAGAAAUAAUUAUGUUAAACUAUAACCCACAAAAUAAGUGGUGACAGUCAGUGUUUUCAAGAGGUUUACUUUUUACUGGGGAAAUUUUGGUGCUUUGGAUUAAUGGUUGUAGAUUACAAUGUGUACAAGAAGUGGUCGACAAACAUAGAAAUUUGACUUCAUCUCUUGUAAACAAAGUAGUUUUCCCAGUCAUAUGCUCAGGAAUGGGCAUGGGUAAGGUCUUGGGGGAAAGGGAAGGGGCUGUGAUUUGUAUAGAUUUGGUUCAGUGAUGUUACGUAUAAUAGAUUUGUUGUCGUGAAAGGUUUAAACCCAGAAGUCAUUUCAUAAGCAGGUUGGGUAUGAUCAUCCGGAUGAACCUAGUCCUUAAUAGGACUGUUGUUGUUGUUGGCAGUGACUGAUUUUUUUGACAACUUGUGCGGUAGUCAUCUUCAGAGACAAAGUGAGACUUUGUAUCACAUCAGUUAAUGGUAUUAAACUUUGGUUAUUGAACUGACUGGUCAGUUAAGUCAGGAUGUUUUUGUUUGUUUGUCAGUUAAGCCGUAAUGUUAUUGGCUAUGAAGACUCUUGAUGUCAUUGGUGUGAUUCAAUCCAUCAGAUUGUCAUUUAUAAUAAUAAUCGUUAUAAUAAUUUAAUACUCACUUUCAUACAUUAUUGUUUUCAGUUUUUGGUGGGUAUAAUGAUAUCACAGCCCUGUAUUGUAAGCGCAGCCCACGGAACUUCAGUCCAGCCUUAAUUGGUUAUUUUUUUGCGGAGGUAUUAUUUAUGAAAGGAAUUGGAGUUGUUUUGGUAAUACCAUUGCUGAACAAAAUCCCUGAAUGGACAGACCUUACAAUUGCCAUUACUGGUGCCGUUGUAAGCAUUGGAUUUUAUAUCUUUCUUGCUUUUGCAUCAAACAAAUGGAUGAUGUUUGUUGGUGAGUUAAAUGUGUGUGAGGUGGCUGUGUGACUGGUCCUGCAGGAAACAGUUAAGUUUGUUUCCCGUGAGUCGAGGGAAACACACAAAUUGAUGGGAACAAAAUUAACUGUUUCCCCAAGGGAUCAGUCUUUAUAAAAUGAUUUGUUAUAAUUACAGAUGGAAAUUUCAAAGCUGGAAAUUCAUUUGUAAACCUCACUGUAACGGCGGUCGUUGGUCAACAUUAUUUUGUGGGUAACAGUACACUGUUACCCUCUGUCAUCAUAGAGUUUGCAUUAUUGCCCACUCAGAGAUUUUGGUGGGAAACAGUUUCAUUGUUAGAUGUCAUGUGACCUUGAAGUAACCAAUGAGAGCACACGCUUUUAGGAAAAAAUUUCCAGCUAUAGAACAGUAAUAUUGGAAAAUAUUAUGUUUAUAAAGGGUUUUGUUUAUUGUUUUGUCUUGCAAUUGUCACUUAGAUAUUUACUGCAUACUGCAGGUCUUUCUUUACCCUGCGAGUAGAGUCUUCUUCGAUUUUCCUAGGAAGAUGCUCGCAGGGUAGUCUUUCUUCAUCAUGGUCAAAACAUCACGAUAUUUAAGCAAUAAAUGAAACCUGUUAUAUAUACAUUAACCACUAUAAACAAUAUCUUUCAUGAAAAUAUCCUGUUUUGUGACUUUAAAUCUGCUUAAAGAAGAUCAUGUGACUGUAAGCUGCAAAGGGGCCUACUGAUUGUUUAAUACUUUUUCCAGGUGGAUUAAUUGCUGUGGGUAGUAGUAUCCUACCUCCGUGUAUGAGGUCCAAGUUGUCAAAACAAGUGGAACCAUCUGAGCUGGGCAAGUGACAGUAGUUGAGCAAAAUGAUAUUGUGUAGUACAAGAAAAAAUCUAUAGUCCCCUCCCCCUGGAGGGCAACAGAAAUUCCUAGGGGAAGAUUAUUUUACGUAGACAUAAAUUUCAUUGAUAGUUUUUUACAGUUGUUUUUUUUUAUGGCUUUUUUAAUUGUUACGUCACUAUCAUUCAUUUUGUCAAUUAUCACACAACAAUGUUGUACUGUGCAACUCAUCCCUAACACUAUUCUUUUAGUACAGUGUAUGUAAUGUUUUUUUACGUUCUCCUCUGCUGAUUGUAACCCUAUACAUCCUUAAUGAGAUAACUAAGGGAGAGGGAGUGGGGGGAGUUUAUUUGCUAUAUUACAACCAAUAUUUCUUUGACUGAUCUUGAUUCACUGUGGUCCGUUAAUAACACUAGUAUCUUUUUCAAUUUACAUUUUGAUGUUUUUUUCAGGUACAAUGUUUGCUCUCACUGCAUCAUUAGAAGUUUUAGAGACUCUGUUAGCCUCUGUUAUCUUCAACAAUAUUUACAGUGCUACAGUGGAUUGGAUGCCUGGGUUUUGUUACCUUUUGAUGUCAGCAAUAAUCCUCAUCCCAAUAAUCUUAAUGAUGUGAGUUGCAUUUACAACACAAGUGAAAUAAUGAUGAUAAUAAUAAUAAUCAUAGCUAUAAGAAAAUUCUCAAAUCUGAUUGGCUAUCAACUGCCCUGAUUUCAGCCUUAAUAGGACAGUACGAGUCAUGCCUAAGUAACUGCUUAGUACGCGCGCACUCAAAUGGCUUUUUUUUCACUGCUGGUAAAAAAAAUCUGUGGAAUUUCUUGUGUUUUGAUUUAAAAAAAGAGCCUUAUAUAUCGCAAAUUUUGUUAAAGUUAUGAUUAAUUGGUAACAGAACUUCGUGUCGUCCAAUUUGGUCAGUAAUCAUACUCGUGAUUAAACAAAUCGGACUCCUGCUACGUGGUCGUCCAAUUUUGUUAAUCACUUGUAUGAUUACACACCGAAUUGGACUCCACUCAGUCCUGUUACCAUUACUACUACUACUACUACUACUACUACUACUACUACUACUACUACUACUACUACUACUACUACUACUACUACUACUACUACUACUAAUAAUAAUAAUAGUACCAGAAAAUAGUCAUCAUGGUCAUCAUCGUCAUCAAUCAAAGUUGCUGGAAUGUGGGGUAGCAAGGCUAAUUAACUGAUCCCUGUGGACUGUAAGUGGACUAAUAGAGUUGAAAGGGUUAAGUUUAGUAUUAAUUACCUUCUAGAGUUAUAAAAACAGGUUUGAUUUUCUAACUUGGUAAUGCUGUUGCUCCUCCAUUUUUAGCUGGUUGUACAUCUUACAAAGACGUGAUGAUGCUUAUUCAGCAAUGGAUGCUGUGGGCAUAUUAUCAAGCUCAGAGCAUUCUGUCAAUUAUGGAUCUCCUAGUGAAGAUCCACAAGCAUAAAAAGGUUGCACUGCGGUGACGGCCAGUAGUUUGUUGCUAAUUUUCUAGCCAUAGGGAACCUUUGUGCCCAGCUAUUAAUAUACAUAUGCAUGUAAUGUUUAACCCUUCAAUAAACCCUAAGAGUGAUCAGCAUCAAAUUUCUCC